CUAAAAAGAAGAAGCAAUCGGCACUCGGCAAUAGACAACCAACUUCACAUCCCUCCGAAAACCAGCGCUUCAAUAACAUCUGUCGCUGCCAAAGGACAAACGUGGAUCAAGACAGUUACACACGGGAGUGUGCCACACCUUCAUUUCUCGUUAGGGAGAACAUUGAUCAGAGGUGCAUUUCCGUCUUCUCAGAACUCAGCUGUGGCCCCAGUGUGCAGUCUGGUGUAUAACACUGCGUUUCAGGACCCCAAUGUCUCUCACAUCAGCUAUUGUCCUGUGCCUUCUGCUCAGCAGCUGUGGAGCCCAGGCCUUGUCAGGCCACUUCUGGCACAUCACUGACCUUCACUGGGACCCGCAGUACAAGAUGUCCAGUGACCCCAAGUCUGUCUGUCCGUCCAGCGGCUCUCAGGCUGUUCACAAUGCCGGUCGCUGGGGUGAUUACCUGUGCGACUCCCCCUGGGAUCUGAUCAUCUCCUCCAUCUACACCAUGAGACACAUCCUGCCCGACCCCGACUUCAUCCUGUGGACUGGUGAUGACACUCCACAUGUGCCUAACGAGCAGCUGGGAGAGGAGGCAGUGUUGCAGAUCAUUGCUAACGUCACUCACAUCCUGCAGGAGGUGUUUCCAGACACCAAAGUGUACUCUGCGAUGGGGAACCACGAUUUUCAUCCCAAGAGCCAGCUACCCGCUGAAGAGAACUCUGGAUACCUCAGGACUGCGGAGCUGUGGGGUCGCUGGCUGGACAGCAGCUCCAUAGACACAUUCAGAAAAGGUGCGUACUACACUGAGAGGCUGCUGAACAAGUCUGGCCAGCGCGUGAUUGUUCUGAACACAAACCUCUACUACAACCAGAACAAGCUGACCAUGGACCUCCCGGACCCCGCUGACCAGUUCAAGUGGCUGGAGCAGGAGCUGACCAGUGCAGCGGCAAGCAAGGAGAAGGUUUACAUCAUCGGACACGUUCCUCCUGGAUUCUUUGAGAAGAAGCGUCACACGUCCUGGUUCACUCGGCACUUCAACGAGCGCUACAUUGAGAUCGUCCGGAAGCACCACCCCGUCAUCGCAGGGCAGUUCUUCGGGCAUCAGCACACAGACAGCUUCCACAUGUUCUACGACAGCUCCGGGUCUCCGAUCAGCACAAUGUUCCUGGCUCCUGGAAUAACCCCCUGGAAAACUACACUCCCGGGAGUGGAGAACGGGGCCAACAACCCUGGCAUCCGAGUCUUCGAGUACGACCGCACCACCUUGCUCGUGAAGGACAUGGUGACCUACUACCUGAACCUGACUCACGCCAACCUGGCGGGCCCACGCUGGGAAAAGGAGUACCGGCUCACCGAAUCCUUCCGCGUGCCCGACGCCUCGGCACGCUCCAUGCACGGGGUGCUGCGACAGAUCGAGACGGAUGACUGUGCCCUGCAGCGAUAUUACCGCUUCAACUCUGUGAACUACGACCUCUCGCACUGCGACUCGGCCUGUCGCACGAACCACGUGUGUGCGAUCCGCGAGGUGGACUUCGCCAGGUACGAGAGCUGCGUCGUCACAGAGGGCGUCGCUCUCCUCUCUCUAGCGCCGGUUUUACUGCUGCUGCCGGCCACGCUGUCAUGGAAUCCGAUGAUGUAACUAAGGCUGUAUCUUAGUGCUGUCUGCUUUGUAACAGAGAUGUGCAGCUAAUCAUUUAUUAAACCUGUCCUUGAAUGCAGACCUGUUCUUU